AUGACAUCAGUUGUCUGGAUUAAGCACAGCGCUGUUCAGAUUUAUGGAGAUGAUGAAUGGUCCUUUGGGUACUGUGAACAAGGUAGUGGCGUUUUUAGCUGCCCAUCAACUAAGAAUCCGAUGUAUACAUUCCGUGAAAGCAUCAAACUUGGAGAAACUACCUUUUCUACCUCCAAGGUCAAUCAGAUCCUGAGGGAACUUAGUAGAGAGUGGCCUGGGCACUCUUAUGAUUUGUUAUCCAAAAAUUGCAAUCAUUUCUGUGAUGAGUUCUGUGAAAGACUUGGUGUGCCAAAGCUUCCUGGUUGGGUAAACAGGUUUGCACACGCUGGUGAUGCUGCUGUGGAAAUAGCAGAAAGCACAGCUUAUCGAUUCAAGCAAGCUAAAACUGAGAUUGUAACUGCUAGCAAAGUGGCGUAUCGGUUUCUUACAGGAGUUGCUUCCAACAAUUCAAUUCUAACUGCAGAGUCCCCGAGCAACUCUAAUAGAGGAGGAUCUCCUAGAUUCCAAGCUACUUGGUUCAAGAACCUUAUUUCUUCUGGUGCUAAACCGUCAAGUAGUUCGGAAAUUGAAAAUCGGGAUGAAGCGAGUACAAAGCAGCAUCAUCAAAAGGAUGAAGCACCACCGCUGAUGCAAAACUCGCGACACGACUUCUGAUAGUGUUACGUUCCGGAUCAUCCUGUGGCAAUUUAUUUGUUGUAGAUGUGGAGUGGAUUGGUGUAAAAUGUUGAGUUCCCUUGUUACUGUGAAUUCGUCAACAACUGUUAAAAAGUGCAGAAUUAACAUUUCAAAACUUGGAACAGUGUUUUACGGUUACUUGUUCUUGUUUUACGCAGCAUUAUGGUACACAACAAUUUUUUUACA